AUGUUCAGCUUGCUCAAAAGGGCCCAUGCGGCCAUCAAGAACUCAAUUAAACGACUGAAGAAAGUGCAACGCGCUUUUGCGGAGCACGACCAUGCGCAAGAGCCUAUUGGCGCCAUCUUCGAGGCGAUCACUGGAAACACAAACAUACACACGGAUGACAACAGGGACGAUGUCUCGUCAACAUGCUUCACGGUCGACGGAUUUGAGGAACAUGCAUUGGCAACGGACGGCGAUGAUGGAUGCACGGAUGCUUCGGCUGAGUACGAGUCUACGUUCCACAUGCGCUUCGGCGCGCGGGUUUUACAACCGAUCCCGGAGAUUGGGGCUGACAACUUCCCCGAACCGGUGCUCUACCUUGAUGGCUGGGACAAUGCAGCAGAUUAUGAAGAUGAGCAUGUUGUUGCAGAGCAGGGAUGCUUUGGAUCACAGAUCGUCGCUGACGAGGUUGCGCAGGACAUCGACAACGGCGAAGAGCUAGAAAUGAUCAGCAGGGUUGAGACGUCCAGCACCCAAUCUGACGAACCUUCUUUCCCGCCUACUCCGCCUUCCCUGUCGUUCAAUACUGUGCCGACGCAGCAGGUUCACAUCGGAGCAGCUUACGCGGCACGCGUUGCGAAAGCCGAUAAGAUGCAACGUGAAAGGGAACCCAAAGUACGACGGCUCGCGAACCCACUAGUUAUCGCGGAGCUUGCUGAAGAGGCUGGAUCGACGGAGCCCAAAACGAUAUGGCACAUCGCCACGGAGCUUGCGGCAGCAGCUGGGGCCACAGAAGCAGAAACUGAGUGCAAACUGGCAUGGCCCGCAUUGAAUGAUAUCCCCGACUAUGUUGACCAGACUAUGGCAUGGGAUAUUUUCCUGGGCGAAAUCUUUUACAAAUUGAGCCCUUCCCAUGAGCUGAAGCCAGGAAUGACACUGGCUGCUAUGAGGGCGUUCAACAAGAGAUAUCCUGAAAGCCGUUUCACCUUGGUGGAAACGUCGGUUGCCGCCCCGAAGGACCGCGAGCGUUCCAAUGUGGUGGAUGGGCAGAAGCGCGAGACGGAGGUGCCUACGGGACAAGCAAGAGGACCCAGCUCUGCCGAAGGAAGCCAGAGGACGAAUGCGUCCACGGAGGAGCAUCGCAAGCCGGUUGGCAAAGACUCUCGUGCGGUGAGGAAGGAGCGUCGUGCACGCGACGAGGAACUCGAGAAGCGGUGGGCCGCAGAGUACUGCAGCAGGAUCUAUCUCCAGGCCUGGAUGCAUCUCGCGGGCAUGACGUUGGUCCUUCGUGAGAUCAAGAAGAAGCAGAGGCAACAUGCUCAUCAAGAAAGAGAGAGCCGUCUAUGCAGAGGUGGAUUAGUGUGA